AUGUGGAAUCUUCCCAGACCAGGGACUGAGCCCAUGUCCCCUGCACUGCCAGUUGGAUUCCUAUCCACUGGACCACCAGGCAAGUCCAUAAAUAAUUAUCUCAGACUUGGCUGUGGGUCAGGAGUUCAGAUGCAGCUUACCUGGGUGCCUCAGGCUCAGGGUCUCAUCAAGUUGCAGUCAAGCUGUUGGCUGGGAUUGCAGUUGUCUGAAGGCUUGCAUGGGCCUGGAACAUCUGCUUCCCAGAAAGCUCACCGAGGUCAUGGUGGACCUCCUCAGUCUCUCACUGGUUGUCAGCUAUAA